GUAGCCGAAAUGCAUGGGGAACUGAUUGAAUUCAAUGAGAGGCUGCACCGUGCUCUGAUGGCUAAAGAAGCUCUUGUGUCCCAGAUGAGACAAGAACUAAUUGAUUUGAGAGGGCCGGUCCCUGGAGAUUUGAGUCAAACAUCUGAAGAUCAGAGUUUGUCAGAUUUUGAAAUAUCAAAUCGUGCUCUUAUUAAUGUUUGGAUUCCCUCAGUCUUUCUGCGUGGAAAAGCUGCUAAUGCAUUCCAUGUUUAUCAGGUUUAUAUUAGGAUAAAAGAUGAUGAAUGGAAUGUUUAUCGAAGAUAUGCGGAGUUCAGAAGCUUGCAUCAUAAAUUACAAAAUAAAUACCAGCAAGUGAGGACUUUUAACUUUCCACCAAAAAAGGCCAUUGGAAACAAGGAUGCAAAGUUUGUAGAAGAGCGACGCAAGCAGCUACAAAAUUACCUAAGGAACGUAAUGAACAAAAUUAUUCAAACUGUGCCAGAAUUCACAGCCAAUCCCAAAAAAGAGACUCUUACUCAGCUGAUGCCCUUUUUUGUGUAA